GCCUGACAAGGCAAGCUCAGGGGUAGUUGACGUAUCAAACUCAAACGGAAGUGGGAAGAAAAGCCCGCAUCUUUGGAUAAGUGGAUCAGUCCAGCUGCUCACACGUGUUUGUGUUGAUGAAGUAACUUGGAGAUUAAUGCUUUAAGAGAAAAAAAGCAAAGACAACCUCCGUAAAAAGUACCCACUAUGAAGUACAUUCUGGUGACUGGUGGAGUCAUAUCUGGGAUUGGAAAGGGCAUCAUCGCCAGCAGUGUGGGAACAAUCCUCAAGUCCUGCGGCCUUCAUGUCACAGCCAUCAAAAUUGACCCGUACAUCAACAUUGAUGCUGGAACGUUCUCCCCUUAUGAACACGGUGAAGUGUUUGUUCUCGACGAUGGUGGGGAGGUGGACCUAGAUUUGGGGAACUAUGAGCGUUUCCUGGAUAUCUGUCUCAUCAAGGACAACAACCUCACCACAGGGAAGAUCUACCAGUCGGUGAUCAACAAAGAAAGAAGAGGGGAUUAUCUGGGAAAAACUGUACAAGUGGUGCCCCACAUCACAGAUGCCAUCCAGGACUGGGUCAUGAAGCAAGCAAAGAUUUCAGUAGAUGAUGAUGGUGUGGAGCCCCAAGUGUGUGUUAUCGAGCUGGGAGGAACAGUCGGGGACAUCGAGAGCAUGCCUUUCAUCGAGGCCUUCAGGCAGUUCCAGUUCAAGGUGAAGAGGGAAAACUUCUGCAACAUUCAUGUCAGCUUGAUACCACAGCCCAGUACUACCGGGGAGCAUAAAACCAAACCAACCCAGAACAGCGUUCGCGAGCUGAGGGGUCUGGGCCUGUCUCCGGAUUUGAUUAUGUGUCGUUGCUCUGCAGCCCUUGAUUCAUCUGUCAAAGAGAAAAUCUCCAUGUUUUGUCACGUGAAGCCCACACAGGUCAUCUGUGUCCACGACGUGUCCUCCCUUUAUAAAGUGCCUCUGCUGCUGGAGGCCCAGGGUGUUGUAGAUUACCUGUGCCGGCGGCUGAACCUGCCUGUGGAAAUGAGAGCCGGAAAGAUGCUCACAAAAUGGAAAGAGAUGGCCGACAGAUCCGACCGCCUCUUGGAGCAGGUCUCCAUAGCUCUGGUGGGAAAAUACACAAAGUUAUCCGAUUCCUACACGUCUGUUAUUAAAGCCUUGGAGCACUCGGCCCUCGCCAUUAAUCACAAGCUAGAAGUCAAGUACAUCGACUCUGCAGACUUGGAAAGCACAACACUGCAGGAGGAGCCAGUGAAAUACCACGAGGCCUGGCAGAAACUCUGCAGUUCUCAUGGGGUGUUGGUACCUGGAGGGUUUGGAGUCAGGGGGACGGAAGGGAAGAUGAUGGCUAUCAGCUGGGCCAGGAAGCAAAACAAGCCAUUUCUAGGGGUGUGUUUGGGCAUGCAGCUGGCGGUCUGCGAGUUCGCCCGCAACGUUCUGGAAUGGAAGGAUGCAAACUCCACAGAAUUUAACCCAGAAACUGAACACCCUGUGGUGGUUGACAUGCCAGAGCACAACCCGGGGCAGAUGGGCGGGACUAUGAGAUUGGGGAAAAGGCGGACCAUUUUUGGGUCCAGCAGCAGCGUACUGAGGAAACUCUAUGGAGAUGUUGAAUAUGUUGAAGAGAGGCACAGACACAGAUUUGAGGUGAAUCCGGAGCUGAAGAAUCACUUUGAGAAAAAAGGACUCCAGUUUGUUGGUCAAGACGUUGAAGGACAGAGAAUGGAGAUCAUAGAGCUGAAGGAUCACUGUUACUUUGUUGGAGUGCAGUAUCAUCCAGAGUUCACCUCCAGGCCCAUAAAGCCUUCUCCUCCUUACUUUGGUCUUCUGCUGGCCGCUGCAGGGAAACUCCAGAGCUACUUAUCCAGAGGCUGUCUCCUUUCUCAGAGGGACACUUACAGCGAUCGCAGCAGCUCUCCUGACAUGGAAGUCUUGGAUUUAAGUUCCCCUCUUUGUAACUGUGUCACUCUUGUAGUUAAAGACCCUCUCCAAUGAAACUGGUGUUUUUAACAUGUUAUCGUAGCGUUUUUCUCAUAACGGAGGACAUAUAUCAAAUAAUUUAAGGUUACAACCGCAUUUCUGAGUGUUUCUGUAUUCAAAUCCUUUCGGAUCAGGAGCAGAUGAAAUUCUGCGGCGUGAAAAAGCUCAGGUUCCUGAUGUUGGAAGUGUAGUGGGCGGGGCUAAAGCCUCCUUGCUCCGCUCCAAUUCUAAAUCCUCUACUUGUAGACAGAUGGAUCCAUUCAUGUUUUCAUUUUCCUCAUCUGAGCUGACAUGUGGCUCUAAACUCUACGGCUGGAUGGCACCAAUAUUGCUCGCCUUUUUUUUUUUUUUUUUUUUUACCAAGCUAAUGUUAGCUUAGGCUUGUGAGGUUAGAGUGUAAACAAAGGAAUGCUGGGAAAUUAGCACAGCUAACUUCCGCACACAAAACAGAAUCGAAUUUCCAGUGAGUUCCUGCUGUUCUGCAGAAAAUAUGUCUGAAAAACUUUAGUUUUAGUUAAAUAGUACUUUAAAGACUGCUUUUCUUUUGUGCCGUUUUAAUAUGAAAUUGUGUUUUUAUAUUUGUAUACUACAACUUAAGGUUUUAACAAACUUAAUAAAAAAGUUACAAGAACUGUAA